AUGUCUCAUUAUGACGAUGUGAUAGUACGUAUGCAUUACAUGAAUACUGAGAUGAUGAAAAAGCCGGACAUGAUAGACCAGGCAUCUGCUGUUUGUGGUGGAAAUUUAACAAGUUCCUCGGGCAAUAUUACAUCCCCUGGAUAUCCAGAGGACUAUGAGAACAACUUGUCAUGUGACUGGGAUAUUAGCUGCCCUGUGGAUAAAAAGAUAUUAGUAACAUUUACGGAUAUCGAUGUGGAACACUAUGGUUCUUCUUGUUACGACACCAUUCAGAUAUUUGAGGGAACCCAAUCUUCAGUCUCACAGACUUACGAGUUGUGCAAAGAAGUCGACGCCAUCACUGAUGAUGUUUUUACCUUUGUGUCAACCUCUCAGUUUGUCAGGAUUCGUUUUACUUCGGACGAAUCUGUCAGUAAAAGGGGAUUUAAAGCCAAUUACUCAUUCAUUGAAAGAGAUUGUGUGUAUGAUGUAGAUGAUGAAUCAGGCAUUAUAACAUCCCCAAACUACCCCGGGAAAUACCCAGCAAAUGUACAGUGUGUGUACAAAUUUACUUUUCGACCGGAUCAGCGAUUAACAUUGAGUUUUCUAUCAUUUGACCUUGAGAAAGAGGGCAAAGAUGGAUCGUGCUCCGAUUUUGUACGACUGAGGGAUGCAGAUUUCAGAAUGUUGGGGCAGUUUUGUGGUGAUACAGUGCCACGAAGUUACUCUUUCUACCGAGGAGAUGCUAGAAUGCUGUUUUUCACCGACAGAAGUAAAAAUGGAGACGGAUUUAGAUUGGCGUAUCAAGUCUAUAACGUCACUGAAUGUUUGGAGGAUUCACGGGGAUUGAGCUACACUGGACAGGCAAAUGUCACUGCAAAUGGUAGCGCAUGCGCUAGAUGGGACAGCGAAAUAGCCAUGAAGAAUGGAUUUAUUUCUCUUUUAGACCAGGAAAACUAUUGUAGGAAUCCCAAUAAUGGAGCGAUGCCUUGGUGUUUCAGUACGGAUACGCUGUCUCCGGAAUAUUGUAAUAUCUCAGUCUGUGAAAUGACAACACCACUCUCUAAAACAACAGUAAGGACAACUACAACCACUUUUCCAACAACUUCUACUAGCAGUUCUAUGACAACAUUUACCACUCAAAGUACAGUGACAACUUCCAAUCCAUAUACAACAACAAUGACAGUAUCGACUUCAUCACCCCUAUCUGUAACAUCUACAACAAUAGAGGAGUCCACCAAAACUUCAAAUCCUAUUGCGCUCUCUUCAACAACCAUGCCUACAGACUUACUGAUUCUAUUCAUAGUGGUCCCUAUCCUACUAUUGAUAAUAAUAUUUGGCAUUGCUAUUGCACUUGUCCGGUUUAUAGUUAAGAAAAAAAAAAUGAACCUUCCCAUUUCACAGUUACGAUCUAUUGUCAAUCCAAAUUAUGUUUCCAAGGACAGUGUUACAGAUGGAUAUAUGGGAUCGUAUGAAAAUGACGUCAUAUCGCGACAAUCCAUUGUUGCUGCGCGAGAGUCUGUUUUUCGUAUGUCCCGUAAAAAUUCUAGAUCACAAAUGGAAUCUAUUUACUAUUCUGCAGAAGACAUCACAAUUAGUACCCUUGAUAGAAAAAAGAGGACUAAGGGAUCGAAGAAAGACGAGAGUCCUUAUAUCGAAAGCAAUGACACAUAUGAUUUGCUGGGGCAAAGAAGAAUGAAAAAAGUCGACCCUAAUGAGUACAGAACCUAUAGUGAAGUGUCUGCAAUAAGCGAGAGUCAGGAAAUAUAUGAUCAUAUGAAGACUAGCAGCAGAGUUCUGGACAACACCCCUGUCAGCGACGAAGGCCAGGCAAUCUAUGGCAAUACUGAAAUGUCCAGCAGAAUACAAGAUGACACUUCCGUUGUUCAAGAAAGCCAAGAAAAUGACGAAGGCAAAGUGAGAAAAAGUAGAAUAACAGAAGAGGUGCCAGUUUACGCAACAGUAGACAAACGUAGGAAAAGCUCGAUGAUUAAUCGAAGACCUCAGUUACCAGAACCAAUAGAUAUUAACAAAAUAAGAGCAUCAAUUGGGGUAAAGUCUGAAAAAUCAACAGAUUCAGUGGACAAUUCCAAAUCAAGAGAUUCAGUAGACAAUACCAUUGCUACUACAUCCCCAUCAGCUCCCCAAAUUGAGGAGGAAACAUACUACAAGGAAUCAGAUAUAACUUACGACCAAUUACGACGUCAGCGGACCCGCCGAAAUAAAAACCUAGGUGUUAAAGUGUCAAUAUAUAGUGAAAUAAUGGUUAACAACUUAGACGAUGAAGUAAUCUAUAAUUCAACAGAAAGUGCAGAUAGAAUUAAAGAGGAGGAAUCAACUGAUGAUAAUUUUACAAGAAACAGUCCAUCAGACGGACAGUCUUCUGAGUUGGCUACUAACGAAGAUGCGGAUCUCAAUGAUAAUAAAGAGUCAACAGAAACUGAUGAUUAUGACAUUUAUAUUGAAAGUUCAAAGCUUUAA